GAGUAGGUGCAACCCGGUCGAAACUCCCUGUGAGCAACCAAUGCGGUAGCGGCGUUCCUGUCACGUGAUCUGCGUCAGAGCUCAGAGCUGCUGGGCUCUCGGAGGUAUUCAGCCGCAGAGAGGCAACGGGCGCGCGCACAGACGGACUAUUUUUCUCUAAACUCCGUUAAAAUCUUCGAAAGUUAAAGAAAAUGUUCAACAGGAUGCUUGGGGAUUUUGAAGACGACCCGUUUUUUUCAGAUCCGUUUCAUGCUCACAGGGAGCAUGUCCACCGUAUGAUGCGCAGCCUUUCAGAGCCUUUUGGGACUUCUUUAAUGCCCAGUGUAACGGAUGGAAGGAACCGUGUGGCAGAUCCUUUCACCUCAUCCUCUCUGGCCCUGAGAAAUGAGCACAGGGAUCUGAUGAGGGAUCCUUUUGGGAUGUUCGACAGUAUGAUGACCAACAUAAGGAACACGAUGGAGGGGAUGCACAGAAACUUUGACAACUUGUCCACAGAUUCAAACACCCACGCGUUCAGCUCCUCAUCAGUUAUGACUUACUCAAAAGUGGGUGAUGAGCCUCCAAAGGUCUUUAAGGCCACCUCCUCAACUCGCCAAGCCCCCGGAGGAAUCAAGGAGACUCUGCGGGCUCUGAAAGAUUCAGACAGUGGGCUGGAGCAGAUGAGUGUUGGCCACUACAUCCAAGACAGAGGACAUGUCGUCGAGAAGAAAUUCAACAAGAAAACAGGGCAAAAGGAGUUCAACCAGGACUUUCAGAACCUAGAUGAGUCUGAAGCACAGUGUUUCGAUGAGGAGUGGCAGCAGGAAGCGUCCAAGUUUCAGCCGUCCCGUCCCAGGCAAAGUUUAAGGGAACAUGAACCCCAUGCUGCUUACCGGCCAGCGCUUCCUGGUCCUGAACAUGGCAAAAGAGACCAACAAAGACAGACGUCUGGGAGUAGAGACAAAGUCAAACGUUCAGUAAAAACAAAUCCCUAAAAGCAUCCUCUGGCUGGUUUGUCUCUCUGCUGAUGAAAGGGUUUCAUGAAUCUCACCGCUUCCCUCACACACACGCUGUUGAUUUUCCAACAGUCAGAUUGUUGUAGAUGUUUUUUAAAUAAAGAUCAUUUUCUUCAAGAUACUUUAGAGUAUAAAUUGCUGGGAGGAAUGAUUACAGACUGUGCCGACACAGACUAUCAUAAAACAGAAAGACAUUCUGUUUUAGAAUCUUUUUACCUGUGUUCUUUAGAUGCAAGCUAUUAAAUAAAACCUGGCUAAAUAUAAAAUAUAUAUAAAUAAAUACAAACAUAGCU